UUGUGAAGUUUAAAGAUGGCUGUGGUUCAUGCUGAAGAGAGCAUCUGGAGUAAGCCAUGGGAUCACAGGUUUAACCUGUACGGAGGACAAGUGUGUAAUACACUAAUGGCAGGUUCCUGGGACGACAGAACACCUCUACAUGAUGCUGCAUUGCAAGGAAGAUUGCUGCCACUGCGAAGACUCCUUUCACAGGGGUACAACGUGGGAAUGGCUACAUUAGAUGGAAUCACACCACUGCAUGAAGCAUGUGUUGGGGGCCAUUUUACCUGUGCUAAACUUCUCCUGGAGCAUGGUGCUGAUGCCAAUGCUGUCUCUUUUGAUGGAGCCACUCCUCUCUUCAGUGCGUGCUGUAGUGGAAACCCCGCCCUGGUCAGCCUCAUUCUGAUGUACAGCUCUGUCCACCAUCCAGCUCAUCUGCAGAGCUCACCUCUCCAUGAAGCAGCAAAGAGAGGUCACACAGCAUGUGUUGAAGUGCUGCUGUCUCAUGGUGUGAAUGUGGACAUGGAGGUUCCCAGCAUAGGAACACCGCUGUACUGUGCAUGUGAAUCCAAGGCAACAGAAUGUGUACAGAGCCUGUUAAUCUCAGGCGCUGAUGUGCAGUGUGGGCGGGGCCUUGACACACCUUUACAUGCUGCAACCAGGGUGGGCGGGGCAAAGGAGGUGGAGCUACUGUUAGAGCACGGGGCUGAUCGGACGUCAAGGAACUCUGAGGGAAAGAAACCUUUGGAGUUGACAACAGAUCAGAGCAUCAAACAUCUUUUGCAUACUACAGGUCCAUGUUCCCUGUCUCAGCUGUGCAGAUGGUGUAUUCGACGUUCCCUGGGACAAAAAGGACUAAACAAAACCAAGAUGCUUUGCUUACCACAUACCCUGCACAGUUAUCUUCUCUAUCAUUAACACAAACAUAAACAUUCCCUGUCUAGUGUCCAAACACGAUUCACAUAGUAAUCUUGUUCUUUUUGAAUAACAUUUUGUAUACAUUUUUAUCUGUAAAUAAUCUUUUUUGUAAAAGUGUAGCUUUUUUUUUGUUUUGUAAUAAAUAUUUUUAUACAUGAU